AUGGUCAAUUCCAAAGUAUCAUUUGAUGAUUUUUAUACCGAGAAUGAAGGCCCUUACAAAUUAACUGGUCAUUCAAUUUAUUUGUCUCCAGGAAAGUGUUUUCAUUCUAGUUGUGACGUGCAUAAAGUGAAAAGUUAUGUGACAAAGGCUGACUUUGAAUCAGUAAUCGAAUCACCACUGUAUUGUCUGAAGUCAAUUUUAGAAUCACCACAGGUCGUCCCUAAGAGUCAAUUUCUGUCUAAAUUGGAUGAAAUACGAUGUUUAUCUUCAAAACUCUCGGAGAUCCAGCAUUUGUAUGAAGAAAAUAUGUGCGAAUUGAAUCGUCUAAAUUCAGAGCUAAAGACUUCGGAAAUGAAGAGAAAAGAGGUUGAGAUGCGUCUGAAGCGACGUGAAUCAGAGUUACUGGAAUUACGUGACGAGUUGACGUGUGAGAUUGAAAUGCGUUCACAUCAUGAAAAGCGAUCGAAUCUUGUUGAUGAUUUACAGGAUAGUUUGAAGGAUGCUAGAGAGAAAUUGAAAUCUAUGGAUCAUGUGAGUAAAGAAAAUGAGAAACUUUUGGAGGAAAACAGUCGUCUGAAAGCCAAGCAAAAAGAAUUUGAAAGUUUUCGUCUACAAGCAUCUUAUCAACAGGAACUUGAACGUCAACUUUCGCAAAUGAGGGUCGCUGCCCAACUUGCUGAUAAUGAGGAGAGAAGACUUCAUUUUUCAUGA